AUCGUAUUUAAUUCCCCAAAACCGGUCUAACGUCAUCAAACACUCAGAGAUCAUACUCGUUUUCUCUGAUCUCCGCCAUUUUUCGACAACCCAAAAAAAUCGUUUCACAUCCACUGCAAAAAUGACAGGUCACGAGAUCGACCCCCGCAGCGGGUACUGCAAAACCAAUUCCAUCUUCUAUAGCAAACGAAAACAGAUAAACUUUCCCCAAGAAGAGUAUCUGGACCUCCCAAAAUUCGUCUCAAGACUUCCUCACAGAGGACAAAUAGCUCUUGUGGAUGCCUCAACAGGCGAAAAAAUAACCUUUUCUCAACUAUGGGGAAGUGUGAAAUCCUUAGCAGCAGGAUUAUCACAAAUAGGGAUCAAGAAAGGCGAUGUAGUUCUCCUCCUUUCGCCCAAUUCUGUGCACUUCCCUGUCAUCUGCAUGGCAAUCAUGUCGAUCGGUGCCAUUGUAACCACAACCAAUCCACUCAACACAGCCAGCGAGAUCGCCAAACAGGCCUCAGACUCGAAAGCAAAAUUAGCUUUCGUCAUACCAGAACUAGAGGGGAAGUUAGCAGAGGCCAACAUACCGCUAGUUCUUAUAACUAAAAACAGCAGCAGCAGCAGAAGGUGCUUGAUGGACCUUAUGGCAUCAGACACAUCGAAAUUGCCUGAUGUAAAGAUUAGGCAAGAUGAUACUGCCACCUUACUCUACUCCUCUGGCACCACUGGUCUCAGUAAAGGAGUGAUCUCCACCCAUAGAAAUCUCAUCUCCAUGGUGUGUAUUUUGCUCAAAAGGCUAAAUCUGUCUGGUAGUUCUGAUGACUGUUUUCUGUGCACUGUGCCCAUGUUUCAUAUAUAUGGCCUUUGUGCUUUUGCCUGUGGGUUGCUUGGCUCCGGGGCUACUGUUGUUGUGCUGUCAAAGUUUGAGCUGGGAGAGAUGCUUAGAGCUAUUGAGAAGUAUAGAGUCACUUAUUUGCCUGUGGUUCCUCCAAUUUUGCUGGCUCUGACAAAGACCGAAGCUGCCAAAGGGUUUGAUUUGAGUUCUCUGCAAAGUGUUAUCUGUGGCGGAGCUCCUCUAAGCAAGGAUUCUACUGAGGAGUUUAUUUCGAAGUUUCCUGGAGUCACAAUAAUGCAGGGCUAUGGACUGACGGAAACAGCAGGAGUGGGAGCAUCCACUGACAAUCAGGAUGAAAGCAGACACUAUGGAACUGCUGGCAUGCUAUCUGCAAAUACUGAAGCAAAAGUUGUCGAUCCUGAUACUGGAAAUCCUCUGCCUCCUAACCAAAGAGGAGAGUUGUGGCUUCGUGGACCAGUUGUUAUGAAAGGUUAUUUCAGCAAUCCAGAAGCCACUGUUUCUGCCCUAGACAAAGAUGGCUGGCUACGAACAGGCGAUCUCUGUUACAUUGAUGAUGAAGGCUACAUCUUUAUAGUAGACAGACUGAAAGAGUUGAUUAAAUAUAAAGGAUACCAGGUUGCUCCUGCUGAACUAGAGGCACUUCUACUUUCUCACCCUGAGAUUGUAGAUGCUGCAGUAAUACCGCUCCCAGACAAAGAAGCAGGACAGAUUCCAAUGGCAUACAUAGUAAGGAAACCAGGCAGCAGACUAUCUGAAGCUAGUGUUAUAGAAUUUGUGGCUAAAAAGGUGGCACCAUACAAGAAGGUUCGUCGUGUGGAUUUUGUGAAAGAGAUUCCAAAAAAUGCAGCAGGAAAAUUGCUAAGAAAGGAUUUGAUUAAAUUAGCCACCUCCAAGCUUUGAAACUUUCGGAGUUUCAAGCAAGUGCGGGAUAUCAAUGCUUCAGUUGAUUGAUAAGAGCUCAUAUUCGUGUUUGGAAGGAGUACCUGUAGAAUUCAGGUUUUGGAUGUUCUCAAGUAUAAAGAAUGAAGGGACAUUUCUGAUUCAAAUCUAAGGCCUUCUCUUAUCAGUUUGUGUUAUUUUCCAUUAUAAAAAUCCUCCUAACCUCUACCACUCUUGGCUUUCACAAUAAAAUACCUUCAGUGCAUGGUUGUAAUGGUGAUAUUUGACAAGAAGCACACUCAAAGUUUGGUUCA